AUGGCGAAGGCAAUUGUGCCGAGCGGGGAUACUGGUGAUGCUACUUUUUUCAACGCAAGUUCAAGUUUGGAAUGUCAAAGAAUCUGUCGUAAAAUAACAGCUGGGGAACUGUUCUUGUUUUCUACUACUACUCAUCCACACUGCGCAUGCUUUUCCGGAAACUCCGUGAACGCGGCGUUCGUUGAAAACGCCAAUGGUGAUGGUGUCUAUGGACAACUGUUGACAUCGUACCCAUAUGAUUGCCUUGCCACCUUCAACGCGGGACAAACAGCUGAUGGCGUCUACACUAUACAACCAAUGGGAGGCGAGCCGACAACGUUCUGGUGUGAUAUGACAAAUGGCGGCUGGACUGUCAUCCAACGAAGAAUGGACGGCUCGGAGAACUUCGAAAGGCUAUGGGCGGACUAUGCAGCCGGGUUUGGAAGCCGGGAAGCGGAAUAUUGGCUUGGUCUUAACAAUAUACACCGUCUCACCACUAAGUCCAGCUCGUUCAUGGAAGCGUGGCCCGGGGAACCAGUUAUGACUCACUUUGAAACGUACAGUAACUUCAGCGUUGGAUCAGAGGCCACCAAUUUCACACUUUAUGUUGACAGCUUCAUAGAAAGCAAUAACAGCUUCGUAAGUCGGAUUGUUGGUAAACAAAGCGGACGACCAUUUUCUACAGUAGACAGAGAAGCCGAGAAUAUUGGAAACAAAAACUGCUCAUGGCUUACAAGAGGACCCUGGUGGCACGCACACGACUGUUUCCCGUUGUCGCUUAAUGGGGUGUAUUUUGUCGGUGGAACCUACAGCACCACCCGUUGGUUGUACGAGGGUAUUGAGUGGUUCAAACUCUGGGAGUACACCUACUCACUGAAGACAAGCGUGAUGAAAAUUAAAAGAAAUUAA